GGCUUGUGGCAGCGCCAUUUUGAACGUGCAGCCGCCUCGGGCGGGAGUCCUUCGGGGUAGGGCAUCCGGCGUGGCGACCUAGGUGUCUUCUCUGACUUUGUCCUUCCAGAUUCCGUCUCUGUAGGUAUAUAUAGUGAUACGGCUAUAGAUCUAGAAUUCUAUCCGGUAUAAGUGAACUCACUAAGAUGAUGUUAAGAGGAAACCUGAAGCAAGUACGCAUUGAGAAAAACCCGGCCCGCCUUCGCGCUCUGGAGUCUGCGGCAGGCGAGAGCGAGCCGACGGCCGCCAUGGCGCUCGCGCUGGCUGGGGAGCCGGCGCCACCUGCCCCGGUGCCCCCGGAGGACCACCCCGACGAGGAGAUGGGCUUCACCAUCGACAUCAAGAGCUUCCUCAAGCCGGGCGAGAAAACGUACACGCAGCGCUGCCGCCUCUUCGUGGGGAACUUGCCCACGGACAUCACGGAGGAGGACUUCAAGCGGCUCUUCGAGCGCUACGGCGAGCCCAGCGAGGUCUUCAUCAAUCGGGACCGUGGCUUCGGCUUCAUCCGUUUGGAAUCCAGAACACUGGCUGAAAUUGCAAAAGCAGAGCUGGAUGGCACCAUUUUGAAGAGCAGACCUCUCCGAAUUCGUUUUGCUACACAUGGAGCAGCCCUAACUGUCAAGAACCUCUCGCCGGUUGUUUCCAAUGAGCUUCUAGAGCAAGCAUUUUCCCAGUUUGGUCCAGUAGAGAAAGCCGUUGUGGUUGUGGAUGAUCGUGGUAGAGCUACAGGAAAAGGUUUUGUAGAAUUUGCAGCAAAACCUCCUGCACGAAAGGCUCUGGAAAGAUGUGGUGAUGGGGCAUUCUUGCUAACAACGACCCCUCGUCCAGUCAUUGUGGAGCCUAUGGAGCAGUUUGAUGAUGAAGAUGGCUUGCCAGAGAAGCUAAUGCAGAAAACUCAACAAUAUCAUAAGGAAAGAGAACAGCCACCACGUUUUGCUCAACCUGGGACAUUUGAAUUUGAGUAUGCAUCUCGAUGGAAGGCUCUUGACGAAAUGGAAAAGCAGCAGCGUGAGCAGGUUGAUAGAAACAUCAGAGAAGCCAAAGAGAAACUGGAAGCAGAAAUGGAAGCAGCUAGGCAUGAACACCAAUUAAUGCUAAUGAGGCAAGAUCUAAUGAGGCGUCAAGAAGAACUCAGACGAUUGGAAGAACUCAGAAACCAAGAGUUGCAAAAACGGAAGCAAAUACAACUGAGACAUGAGGAAGAGCAUCGUCGCCGUGAGGAAGAAAUGAUCCGACACAGAGAACAGGAGGAACUCAGGCGACAGCAAGAGGGCUUUAAGCCAAACUAUAUGGAGAAUGUUGUGAAAUUCUGUAACAUUGAUUCAAGAACAUUUGAAAGCCAGUGCCCAAGGAGAUGUCCUAAUCUUCUGAACAUUCUAGUGUCCGGCUCAACUCUGGCUCCAAGAAUUGAGUUCUACACAGCUUUUUCCUUGCAUCAAGAAAAUCUUUGUUCCAGUGCUUACCAAGUUUACCCUGGGAACAGUCAGCUUCUGAGUGACAGUCAAGUGGAGCAUCUGGGAACUUCUAGUUAUUCAGUUUUUAGUGUUUUUGUAUAAACAACUUUGUGGCUGGUUCAGUCAAUAUUUUUUUCUGGUCAAUUAGCAUACAUACCAGGAAAGAUAUUUAAAUGUCAUUUUCUUAAAAGCAGUAGAUAUAAAAAUAAAUAAUAGUAUUAGCUUUUUAAAAUAAGUGUGAAUUUGUCAUGUUACCAUAAUUCUGUCCAUAAAAAGGUAAUUUGAAACAUCGUAGAAUUAUAAUAUCACAAUAUUGUGUUUCUUUUUGUGUCAUGAUUUGAAACAGUUUGAAGUCUGUAGGAUUUAGAUCUCAUGGCAAUUAAUAUGUAAUUUGCACAAAAUAAAGGAAUACCCAUUUUCCUAAUUAUUUUGUCAGAGUUUCCCCAUUUUUGUUUUGAAAAUAAACAAACUUGGACAGAUCUAGUUUUUAAAGAACUUACGGUUCACCCAUAUUUCAUAAAGCUCAAUUUGUUAUUCCUUGAAUUUUUGAGUUUUUCUAUUUAAAAUGAGUACCGAUCAUUCAACGAAAGAGAUUAAAUAUUUCUUUUUAACCCUACAGUAUCAGUAAUAUUGGGGAAAAAGUAACCUGGUUUCACCAGAAUUGACAUUUAAUAGAACUAGAAAUAUCAAUAAGGACAGUAAUGAAAUGUUGGAUCUUGUUUCUCAAAUACUAAUUGAAAUUACACCUUUACAUUUUAUGCAAAAACAUACUUUGAACAUUUCAGUAACUUGGUGUUUAUAUUUGAAGUCUGUAGUAAUUUGCUGAAUAUCAGCGUGAAUGAUUAAUAGUCACUAAGUAAUAUUUGGAGAUUUGGUUGAUAAUUACAACCUAGAUUCUGAAUGAGAAAAAGAUACAUGGUGUGAUUGAAAGAAAAUGCCUUGUGAGAGAAUGUGAUCAAAUUUAUGUUUAAGCUUUUUAAAAAAGGUUUGAAAUUUAUUGUCUAAUGGAACUAGUCAGAAAUCAAAGGAAUACAUUAUUUUGCAUAAGUAGAGGAAAAUUUCUGGGGAAUGUUAUGGUAUUUAAAUGUUCUGUGUGUGCUGUUGUGUUAUAAUGUCUAAUAAUAUGUUAAAAUAAAUUCCUGAAAUAUGAAAGGGUAGUAAUGAUGUAAAAACUCAGACUUAAUACUUUCAAGAAUAAGAUGGUGAACACCCACAUAUCUAACUCCUAGAUUAGACAGUUGUAUUUUUCUGUGCUUGCUUCAUAGAUAGUUGUAGACAUGAACUUAUUUAGUGGGGAGAGGUGGGAACUACUUCAAAGUAAGUAACAAGUCCAUCAAAGUUGUAUAGACCCAUGUGGGUUUAUUUCAUCCUAAAGAAAGCAGGAUUAAAUAAAUUGAGAGUUUUAUUUUGUUUAUUUUAAAGUUUA